AUGACAGAUUUAGUUUACGUCCUUCCGGAUUUUCCAGUGAAUCAACACGUGCGGAUUCUCCCGUGUAUAGAACUUCACCAUAUAACGACUGUUGAUCUUAUUACACUCGACUGCCUUGAGAUAGCUAAACGUACUCGACUUCCUGUUCUUGACGUAAAGAAGCUCCGCGAUGCUAUCUUAACAGCUUUAAAAUCAAACCUGGGGCUUACGGGGGUGCAAGAGCCUCGUAGUGACUCUACGCCUCUGCGAAAAACUGGCAAGCAAGUUGUAGAUAGCUGGAAAACCAUCAGUCUAUUAGAUGAUAACAUAGACCGUGCAUUGAUGGGAGGCAUUCCCACUGGUUCUAUUACUGAGAUCACGGGCGAGAGUGGUGCAGGCAAGACCCAGUUCCUUUUAAUCCUUCUUCUUGCUGCUCAGUUACCAGAACCUCAAGGGCUCUCUUGCGCUACCUUAUAUAUUUCCACCGAAUCUCCCCUCCCGGUGACUCGAGUUAGACAGAUGCUUCUUUCUAACCAAGCAUUUACUUCGGCAGCUUGCAAGCCUUCUCUCGAUCGUAUCAUCAGCAUUGUAACAUCUGAUCUAGAGUCACAAGAUCAUAUAAUAUAUUUUCAGGUCCCGGUAGCAAUAAAACGAUAUGGAAUCCGCCUAGUAGUCAUUGACUCUGUAGCUUCAAAUUAUCGUGCCGAGUUUGAUCGAGAUCCAAAAUAUGGGGCUAACAUGGCACAGAGAAGCGCAGAUUUACUUAAGCUCGGUCGUUUCCUUCAAAAUCUAGCACGAGAUAUGGAUGUUGCUGUGGUCGUAUCGAACCAAGUAUCCGAUCGUAUAACUGAAAGAUUCUAUGGAACGAAUAUUUCUAAAUUAGAACCAAGACCAGUCGACCUCACAUCAGCAUUGCCAAGUGAUAAAACCCCAUUAUCGAGGAAUUCUGAAGUCAGUAAUAGUCAGGUGGAUAAGACUGAGCCAAAAAUUAUUUCCAGAGACACUCAAGGCAUCAUGUCGCUCGAUCAUCAACAGCGAUGGUUCACUGGCUGGGGAGAUGAGCCACCAUCUGAAAUCAGGUCUAUAACCAACGUAAAAACACCAAGUUUAGGCUUAAUCUGGACGAAUCAAAUCGCUUGCAGGAUUGCGUUGCUUAAAACCCCAGUUUUCGGCCCGGGUCUUCAAUUCAAUGACGGAAACGAGGAAGGAGAACCAAAUUUGAAGAAGUGGGAUCGCUGGCUAAAAGUUGUCUUUGCCAGUCAUGCCCCAGAGAGCGGAAUAGGUAUCACUUCUGCGGUUAAAUUUGACAUUAAAGAAUGCGGUCUCCAAGCCGCCAGUAAUGGAUAG